AUGUGGGUAGUACUGGGAAACUUCAAGGCCGUCUCUGAGGACGGCGGGUCGGCGACCGACGCCCGCGCAGCCUCCGACCGGGAAACUCGCUUGACGCGGCCCCAAACUGCGCCCGUGUUUGGCCAACGUUUAGACAAACGCGGCUUCGGGAAUAGAGACUCUGUUCUGCCGUUGAAGCCUAAACGCGCUCACGGCAAAUACCCCAUCUGGGAAUCGAGCGCGGCUUAUGAAUGGACGGUGCUUGCUCAGCGAAAUGCCGACCACCGACAAUGGCGGGCCGUUUCGCGGAACGAUUGUGCGCGGAUUUCGACAGUCGGCCGCGCGGAUUCUGCGUAUUUUAGUCACGGACCACCGGCGCAAGUGGGGCCCGGCGCGGAUCCCGACACCGGUUCGGGGCUGACGGUUCGCACGACGCUUGUUAAUGCCGCGGCAAGGCUACGCAUCCUCUUCAUA